GGGUCUCGGAGACCGAGAGCACCGGGGAAGGGGGUGGGGCUCGGAGACCGAGAGCACCGGCACCGGGGAAGCGGGUGGGUCUCGGAGACCGAGAGCACCGGGGAAGGGGGAGAGGCUGGGAGACCGAGAGCACCGGCGAAGCGGGUGAGGCUGGGAGACCGAAAGCACCGGCACCGGGGGGGUCUCAGUGACGGAGAGCACCGGCACUGGAGGAGGCAGUAACAACAGCCCGAAGGACACAGGGACUGAGAGCAGCGGCCUAUCUUCGGCCCCGCGGGAGCGUGGAGCACCAUGAGUUUAGCAGAAAUUUAUGAUAAUGUGAAAAAAGGGAGGGAAUAUGCCCUUCUAGGAAACUAUGAUUCUUCAAUGGUUUACUACCAAGGGGUAAUCCAGCAGAUUCAGAAACACAGUCAGUCAAUCAGAGAUCCAGCACUAAAGGUGAAGUGGCAGCAGGUGCGUCAAGACUUAGUGGAAGAAUAUGAGCAGGUCAAAGGAAUUGUUAACACUUUGGAAAGCUUUAGAGUAGAGAAACCACCAACUGAUUUCUCUGUGCCUCAGCAAGAUGAAUCUUCCAAAGAUCCCAGUGUUUGGCCACCUCCUAUUCCAGUUGAACACCGAGCUUUGAAGCGGCAGAAUCGUGAGGUUAAACCUGCGCGAAAAGAAUCGCCAGUUGUCCAGGCAAGAGGACUUGUGGGUCGAGGUCAGCAGGCUGGUAGAGCCGAAAAAUCUAGCGGCAAGCAUAGUGGUGAUUCCAGAACAAGAGGAAAAGAUGACAAGAGCAGAAGAAACCUGCAAGAAGCAUCAGGAGAUGGAGAUGGAAAAAGAUUUGAUGGAACUGGUUAUGAUAAGGAUUUGGUUGAUGUUCUGGAGAGAGAUAUUAUUUCCAGGAAUCCCAAUGUCCAUUGGGAUGAUAUAGCUGAUUUAGAAGAUGCCAAGCGACUUUUGAGAGAAGCUGUUGUGCUACCAAUGUGGAUGCCUGACUUCUUCAAAGGAAUAAGGCGACCUUGGAAGGGUGUCUUAAUGGUGGGACCACCAGGCACUGGCAAAACCAUGCUAGCUAAGGCCGUGGCUACGGAGUGUGGAACAACUUUCUUUAACGUGUCCUCUUCCACAUUAACAUCCAAGUACAGGGGAGAGUCUGAAAAGUUGGUUCGUUUGUUAUUUGAAAUGGCCCGAUUUUAUGCUCCAACAACUAUAUUUAUUGAUGAAAUUGAUUCAAUCUGUAGUCGCAGGGGCACAUCUGAUGAGCAUGAAGCCAGCCGUAGAGUCAAGUCAGAGCUACUUAUUCAGAUGGAUGGUGUAGGGGGUGCUUCAGAUAAUGAUGAUCCUUCCAAAAUGGUAAUGGUAUUAGCUGCUACAAAUUUCCCAUGGGAUAUAGAUGAAGCUUUAAGGAGGAGACUCGAAAAAAGGGUAUACAUUUCAUUGCCCACAGCACGUGGGAGGGCAGAGCUAUUGAAAAUAAAUCUCCGUGGAGUAGAUGUUGCACUAGGUGUUGAUGUUACAGUUAUUGCUGAGAAGAUGGAAGGUUAUUCUGGCGCGGACAUCACCAAUGUUUGCAGAGAUGCUUCCAUGAUGGCAAUGCGACGUCGCAUUCAAGGCCUAUCUCCAGAAGAAAUCAAAGCUUUGUCCAAAGAAGAGUUACAAAUGCCCGUAACCAUGAAUGAUUUUGAGUUGUCUCUAAAGAAAAUCUCCAAAUCAGUUUCUGCUUCAGAUCUUGAAAAGUAUGCAACGUGGAUGGCCGAGUUUGGUUCAGUGUAACUAAUUUACGUACUGUACAUUGUAAAAUGGAAGGUUUUGAGGAAUGCAUUCUGUGUAAAGUCAUAGGAUAUGAAAAUUGUAUUUGCACAUUUGUUUCUUAAAGACAGUACAUUAUCAAUUUGAGCCUUGAGAAUCAACUUUACAGCAAUCCUGACUCAUCACAUGAAAAGCACUUUAAUACAGUAAUAAACUAAACUGACAUGUUGGGAAAGAUGAAAUCAUUUCAAGUUAUUUGAAGUAUUGACUCAUUAGUAUGAAAAUAGGAUUCCUCCACCCCAGGUAUAUAUUGUUGGUCAAAUUAUCAAUUAGCAUUUUAAUGCUACAUUGAAUACAUCUCAUUUCCCCCUUUUUUCCUAUAUUCAUUGUCGGAAACAUUCCUUUAUUAGAUAGUUGAAAUGUAUAAAGUUAAGAGUGACAUGGUGCAUUACAGUAAUGGAACUACUUGGUUUAGCUACCAAAUUUUAAAUAAACCAUGUUGCUUAACUACUUAUAGAUUUUAUGGGACUAUGUAUUUAACAACCAUAAUUUGCAAAAUUUUAACCAUCUAUUUGUCCGUUAGUAGAAUUUUUAAGAAGUUGCAAUUUUUAAGGAGCAUUUUUUAAGUGGCUUGAUAGGAACUCUACAAAAUUUAAGAUCUACUGAUUGGAGUGAAUGUUGUAUAGAACAGUCAAGUUAUAAUCAGGCUCUUGAGCACAUGGACAUAAUUUGAAAUAUUGGUUUACAGACAGUAGUAUAUUUUCACAAUUAUUGAUACUUCUCUGAAGAGUUUAAGUUCUGUGAAAAAUGACUAAAACAUUAUAAUUUAUAUUUCCUUAUCAGUAUGGUACGAGAUUAUCUGAUUUGUUCCAAUGAAAUUUGUAUUCUAUUUAAGGAACCAGGCCAGUCAAGCUGAUGUUUAAAUGUUACAUGAUUUGAAUCCUUCUUAAAUGUGAAAGUUUGAAUAAAUUUUCAAAUUGCAGGGCCUCCGAGAUAUAAGCAUCUAUUUGCUCUAAAAUCCUAAUGCCAUGUUGUAUAUCUUAGAAACAGGAGAAUAAACUGCUUAGCAAUAUGUCUUUAUAAAAAGAGGAAAAUUGGCAAGAAGCUGAGAAGAUGGUCAACUCUACCCAAACCUAUCAUAUGCUUUCCAAAGCUUUAUUUUCCCUUUGAUAUUUGAGUUAUAUUGCCCGAGGCACGCAGCAUGCCAUUAUAUUGAUUUAGCUUAUGUCCUGCCUCCCGUUGCAAGCUCUAUCUCUAUUUUCAGUUGCCCGUCUAAUUUUAAAAAUUAAUCUUGGUUACUCUUCUACCAAAAGUAUAAUUUAUUUUUCUUUUGAAAAGGAACAUAAAGGCACGUAAUCAUACUUCUGUGCAAGUUUUUAAUCUUUAGGGCAAUUUAGAUGUCUUGCUGUUAAUCAUUAUGAUGAGUUAAUCAUUUACCACAAAGCAUACUAAUUUAUGAAUAGUCCCAGAACAGUUUCAGAUAUCACCACUACAAUUUUAAUGGAAUAACUGCAAAUUAGAAUUUAUUUCUAACAUAUAUAAAACAGGAAACAAGCUAUUAUUUUUAAAUGAAGUUUUCUUGUAUGCAGCCACAAUGCUUGCAGAAGUGAACAGUCCUAUUAGCACUUACUGAGUUAGUCUGUCUACGCAGUAACAAUAUAGAAAGCUAAUUGUGACUAAUCAGUCUCUGGAUGUACAGUAGAAUGCAUUGAAAUAUCAGUAUUUGUGGAAGCAUUUCAUUUUUUCUAUUAUUUUCCUAAGUAUGGUAAAGAAGGUAAAGAAUAGACCAGAAUAUCUGGUAUCAUUUUGAAACUGGGUAUGUGCUGUAAGCCAGUUGAUUAUUUUCAGCAUUCAGACUGAAAUUGAAGUGUCAGUUUUGGCUCUCUUGAUUAGUGCUGAAUGCGUCGCUAAUUCAGUGUUAAUGUUUAGUUAUGAGCAUUCUUUUGGUACUCGCACUUUUUGUAACAAAAGACUUUCUAUAAAGAGGGAUGCUGUUGUUUGUCAUUUUAUAUUGUCAAUUGUAAACGUGUUAUGUGCUGUUUUUGGUGAGAGCAAUUGUAUUACUUUUGCAUAUUAUUUAUGUUUUG